GAAAGCUCUCGGUGGAGGGGUGUUCGGUGGAGUUGAAUCAACGCGGGGGUGUAUGGGGGAAUUAGCGGAUGGCCGUGGACAAUGUGGGGGAUACUUUCUCAUAUCAAGUAUGGCCGCCAUCGUGGCACGAUGGCCAAAACAAUAUGCGGAGUAGUGAAAGUAAAGUGCCGCGUUAUCAUCGGAGUUCUUCUUCAUACUUGUCGCGUCUACGUGAUAAACGAGAGAUCUUGAUCUCUCGAAUGAUCGACAAAUGGAUAAGAGUAAAGACGAGCUGCUGUCAAUCCUAAGUAACGACGAUUGCCUUGGGCCGAUUCACGUGGAGGACUCGACCGAGCUGAUCGCGAUCACGGACUUCUGUUGCUGUUGCUGCUGCUCCUGCUGCUGCUGCGAUGAUAUUUGUCUUGUUUACGAGAAGACUUAUGCGCGUGUGCGAAGCACCGACCGAAGUUCGCCGCUCGAUCAAUAGGCCUCUACUGAAAUCACACAUAAACGCAGCACUCACUCCCACGCACACCGGCCCUUUAAGGACCCUUCGAGUCUAUCCACACACCUCCGAUAUCUAAACGUUCCUACAAAUUCUUUUGGCUAAGUGUCACACAUGGAACACCUAGAGCCAACUUACCGUACGAUCACUCGCGUGAUUCUAAGUGCCGAUGUGCUGUGUUCAAGGUGAUCCCUUGUGUUCUACGAGAGACGAACUCGAUCGAUCGGUUAUGAAACGGAGACGUUACAAGUGUCGCGGAAAUAAGCCAACACUUUUUAGGUAAGGAAUUAUGAUCGAAAACUCAAAAAAAAAAAAAAAAAAAAAGAAAGAAAAGAGAAAAAAAAAGGCGAAAAAUAAAGAAGAAGAAACAAAGCAAAAGGAAAGAAAAAAGGGGGAAAAAAAAAGGAACAAAAAAGUCCCAAUGUUAACAACGCAUAGAAAAUGAUAGUUGUCUUCUGUCUAGUCGUGGUUUUUACUUUUCUUCUGUUUUGUUCUUUCUCUCCCUUUUUUUGUUUGUUCUUUUUUCUUCUUCUUUUUUUUCCUUCUUUUUUUAUUCUCUUUUUUCUGUCAACACGUCGGAAAAGUUACACCGAAGUUCAUAAUUGCGAAGGAAUUUAAAGAAGAUCCAAUGUCAAUCUUCUCUAAUCGUAUAAACAAUUGCAGUGUAAUUGUGCGCGCGCGCGUGUACGUAAGUGUGUGUGUGUGUGUCGUGCGCGUUCUUCUUCUGUUUAUCUUAUUCAGUUUCGUGCGCGUUCAAUGACAAUUUCGUGGAUAAAAAGAGCAAAAAAAAAAAAAGAAAAAAAAAAAAAAAGAAAAGAAAAAUGAAAGAGAGAGAAACAAAAAAGAAGCAGAAAAAGAAGAAAGAAAAAUAUAAAAAAGAAAGAAAGGAAAAAAGACGAGAAAGAAAGGAAAGAAGUCCACGAUAGAAGUUUGAUUUUAGUUCGAUCAGUGGUAUCUAUCAAUUAUUCCGAAAGUUUUCGAUAAAACCCCCUCCCCCCACCCGUAUAAUUCUAUGUCUUUCUAUCUUUCUCUUAUUACUCAAGGACAAUAGGAGAGAAGAUAGGAGAGCACGGUUCUCUCUUUUGAGGGAGAAGAUCUGACGUGGAACGAGAGAGGGAACUCUUUGGUAAGAGUCAACAUGUCGUCGACGAUGGCACAGGAGACGACGAUAUCGGAUCUCACGGAACUAGACAGCGACGGAGGCUCGAGUUCGGAGGAACGAGAUUUGAGAAAACGUCUUCGCGGAGACGCUGAUUUUGCUGGACCGAAGAAGAGACGAAAGCAAACGACACCGGUAAGAUUUUCAUCGUCCUUGAUGAACGAACUACAGGAGGAGUCGAACGAAGACGAGGAGGAUGAUGAUGAUGAGGAGGAGGAGGAAGAGGAGGAGGAGGAAGGAGAAUUGGACGUUGACAGCGAAGGUAAGCUGUCUUCGAGAUCACCGAGUCGUCAUCAUCACCACCUUUAUCAUCAUCAUCACCAUCUUCAUCAUCAUCAUCAUCCUUCGAUAAAAGAUGAAAAUCUAAACAACGAAUUUCGUUGUCAGUAUUGCGGUCAAUUUCUCGAUAGCAAGGAAACGUUGAACGUACAUUUGGAUAACGAGCACGGUGCGGCGACUAAUCAAACGACUAAUCAUCUAUUGCAAAACAGAUCAUCCUCGGCCGUAAUAAAAUUGGAAGGAUCGAACGAUCAUCAAUCGGAGAGUCCUGUUAAUCUAUUGACCGUAAAAAAUUUCGCAUCUUCCUGGUUGAAUCAGCAACAACAAAACGUCCAAUCGCAAACGCAUAUACAAUCGCAAAACGACGAGCCAUGGCCAGGGCCAUCGAGUCAAUUGGCAAUGAGCAAUCAUUUGCAAGCGUUAACCGGAUUCCCAGGUGCUCUGGGCUCGUAUCUUCCUCUACCGACGUUUCCAUUGCAUGCCGAUCCAACGCAUAUCCCAAGAACGUCCAUACCUUCCGCACCCGUUAGGAUAUUUAAUCCUGAGGCUUAUUGCGAUUUAUGCAACAAAGAAUUUUGUAACAAGUAUUUCUUAAAAACGCACAAGGCCAACAAGCACGGUAUUUACGUUGAUUCGCCGGGACCUAAUACGACCAACGAUAAUAAUAGUGCCAACGUCCUUCCAUCGCAAAUAUUCCCGAGCGGUGGUUUUACAAGUACGUCGAUUAAAUUGGAACCGCCGGCUACGCCGCCGAUGCCAAGCGUUCCGUGCGACGUAUGUCAAAAACGUUUCAAGAACGACGAAUCGAUGAGAAAGCACAAGCAAAAGAUCCACAACGAGUCGAUCGAGCAAACGGCCGAUCAAUCUUUGCCUGCUUCGCAAAGCGAAGACGACAGGGAGACACCACGCAGUAGUCCUGGCGGGAUAGAGACCCUGUUCAAGCAAGAAUUUGGCAUCGAGCAAGAGGAUACGACGUUUAUGCCAGCACCUAGACACCUCUCACCCCAGUCGAUCCAACAAGCUCGAGACUCGGGAUUCAAUGCCGAUCGUCUUCGUCGUUUAGGCGUUAUCAAUCCCGAAGCAUUCUGCGAGAUUUGUUGCAAGGAAUAUUGCAACAAAUAUUUCCUUCGUACGCACAAAAUGAAGAGACACGGUAUAAUCGUACAUGACAACGAAAAAUCACCUAGCAAUCCCGCGGCGGCGCUCACCUGGCAUCAAGUACAAACUAGUCCCCUUAAUUUGAUAGUGGCCGAGUCUGGCAAUGGAUCGGAAUCGAACGAUCGUACAAACGACGAUUACGAGUGUAAACCUUGCGGCAUACGUUUUCAGACCGUCGGUCUUUAUCAGGCACACUCUAGGAAAAUCCAUGAAAACGAGGAACAACAAUCGCCGAAACAAGAAUUCGAUCAGGACACGUCCGACCAACGUACCGAUUCCAUUUCCGAAGAUCUUCAAAAACUUCAGACGAUGAUCCUGCAAUUGAACGGUUUGGAAUCUAACAUGGGAAAGGGAUUACAAUCCUGUAACAUAUGCGGGAGAGAGUGCGAAUCUAGAACAUCUUUGCGAAUUCACAUGGCGACCGAGCAUUCUCACGUCACGGAGAAUCCGUCGCAAUCGCCGAUUCAAGAUAAAUCAUGCGAAUCAGGAAAUACAACGAUCGUAGCUUUUUGUACACUUUGCGAGAAGGAUUACGUAAGUCAAGAAGCUUUGAAGAAGCAUAUUGUCGAGGAACAUCAAGCAACGAUACCAAAUCCAUUGUCGCAAGUACCACCUCCUCCUCCUCCUGCUAUUGGUUCCAACGUUAUUAAUACGAAUGCUUUGAUCAAUUCUACAUCGAGUACCACGACGAUACCAACGAGCGGCAAUCAAACGCAAACGGAAAAAAAGAUCACCUCGAUGACCCCAACCUCGAGUUAUUGCGAAAUUUGUAACAAAGAAUUGUGUAAUAAAUAUUUCAUGAAGACCCAUAUGCAAAGGAUGCAUGGAAUAGAAAUAGAAAAUGGCGCUCAAAUCGGUGGUGUUAUAUGUAACAUCUGUAACAAGGAACUCUGUAGUAAAUAUUUCUUAAGAGUUCACAAACACAAUACGCAUGGUAUCGUCGACGAAAAUGCUACUAGCUCGUCCUCGGCCAAACAGGAGUCUUACGAUGCCUCGAGCUCCGAGGAUUCGGCUUUGAAGCCGGAACAAUUGGGUGACCUAAGUCAUCGAUAUUUUACACAUUUCACCGAGGUCUGUCCGAUUUGUAGCCGUAGGUUUCGCAGUAUCAAAUGGCUCAAGGCACAUCUGUUGGGAGAUCAUGGAAAAAUCGGUAUCGAUAAGUGGCGCGAUAUGGAACAACAAUAUCAAGCCACAACGAGGAACGCUAAUAGAUCUGGUAAUAAUAAUUCGAAAAAUGUUCAACAAGUUUCGAAUCUUAAAAUACCGAAUGGGUUCGAACUGAGCCAACAAAAUAAGACGACCGAUUUAACCGGUAACAUUGGUAAUCAAGUAUUGUCAAAUUUAUUUGGUUCUACCUCGGACGAUCAACAAAUGAAAAAUUAUCGUUGCAGUUAUUGCAAUUUUUCGACGACAAUUUUACCAUUUUUAUUCCUACACGAGAGAUCCCACGUUAACGCCCAAGAAAGCAUAGACACCGACAAUACUCUCCAAUGUCCAAUAUGUUCUCAAGGAUUCCAUCAGCCUGAACAAUUGCACCAACAUUUGCUAACCAGACAUCAAUUUCCGGCACUGUUAACGCAGUUUCAAACGCCCAUACUUGGAAAUCCAAACAUUGAUCAGGAAAAGAUUAGUAACGAUCCGAAGGACUUGAGAUCGGAGGAAUCGAAGGACGAUAAUGUAAACAGGAAUCAGAUUAAUCCAACGAUGAGUCAGAAUCUUGUCCCCGUUCCCGAACAAAUAAGAAAUCAAAGAAAUCAAGAGGACAAUGCCGUACAGGUGACUCCCCAUGGUGCUUACAAGUGUGCUCAAUGCGGAUACGCGACUACGAAUCUUAACAGAAUUAAAAAACACGUUAGAAAGGAUCAUACUGCGAUCGGUGAUCCAACGGACAGCGUAAUAGCCGAACUUAGCAAAACUUUGAAGGACGUCGCUAAUAGGCACAAAUUGCCAGCCUGUUACGCAAUGCCACAGGAUAUCAACGUCGGUGAUAAAACAAUAAUGCAACCGUUCCUGAUAGACGAACAACAGGAUCCAUCAUUGCAUAACACCGACGAAUCCAAUUCGGAAAAACGAUUUAUGCCAGCUCUCGUUUAUCUACCUGUUAAAUCACGAAUUAGCAGUGCACUGACCGCGUCCUUCACUCUCACACCUGCCUAAGAGGAAAGAAAAAGAAAAAGGAAAAAAGUAUCUGACUCCUUCCUAUCUAACAAAUGUCUAAGAAAGAAAAGAGGAAGAAGGAUGCAAUUAGUUCUCUGCGCCUGCGAUCUGAAGCACGUGGUAUCGGUUCCUAUCUACUACUACUACUACUACUACUACUACUACUACUACUACUACUACUACUACUACCAAGUAAGACGACAUCGAAGAUGUUGAGAUUUUUAUAUCAAAUACUUUUUAAUAAUAGCUCUGAUCUGCCUUUCAUGAAGUUUUUAUAUAGUACAUCCGUUUAUAUUACUCUGUUGUUUUUCUUUUUCUUUUCUCUCUCUCUCUCUCUCUCUCUUUUUUUUGCAUUUCUUUUUUACUUUUUUUCUUUUUCUUUCUCCUUUUUUUUUUUUUAAUAUAUAUAUACAUAGAACAACAUCCUUUCUUUAAUCGAUUCGAUUUCUCGUGAAUAAUCUGUGAUGAUUCGAUAGAUAAAGGAAAAAGAGAAGGAGAAGAGGAGAAAGAGAAGGAAAAGAAGAAGAAAAUAAUAAUAAUAAUAAUAACAAUAAUAACAAUAAUAAUAAUAAUA